AUGGCAAAAAAGCCAGCAUUCGUUUUCUUAAAUCGAACGGCAAUAGAUCCAAACGGAUGCAUUGGUACGUUAUAUGAUGGAUAUAGAGAUAUUUUAUGUGAGAAAUUACCUUGGAUUGAGGAAAAUAAGUUGACUGAUGUUAUCAAAAAACCACAAUGUAUAAUUAAGAAAGGUAAAAAUAAUCAACAUGGAAAUUUUCUUCAAAUAAUUAAUAUACCUGAAGGUUUACGAUUAAGUAUAUUGUUACGACUAGCAGAAAAUAAUGGUAUUUCUUCUAUUAUUGAUUAUCCAUAUCCGAUAAAUGACUAUAAUCGUUUUUUACUCUACUCCUAUGUAUAUGAAAAAGAACAAAUUUCUGAUAAAAUAAAUAAAACACAAAAUAUGAUUAAAUUAGUCAAAUCUACAGCUGCAGCCACUCACAUAAUAGCUGGUAUCAGUUAUGGUAUUGAUAUUGUUGUAGUUUUACAGCUGCCAUUUGAAAAUACUAUUGUAAAAGAAAUUGAUAAUGUACUUCAAAGAAUUUGUACUCAUUUAAAUAAUCAACAAAAUACUUUGAUACUCAGUUCAGAUGACGAAAAUACUUUGGAACAAAUAACAAACACUAUGGUUUAUUCAAAUAUACCUUAUCUAAUACAAUUAUCUACAAUACAUGACGUUUAUUUAUAUAUUGAUGACAAAAAAAACCAAAGUAUACAUCAUCCAAUAAUGUAUACUCUUCAACCUAUAAAAUGGCUAUUUCCAGAUAUUGAUCAUCCUAGUGUUAACUUUAAUUGUUUGUCUUCAGAAUUGGAUACUGAAAUUGAACAAUAUUUAAUAUAUUUAUCCGAUACACUUAAAAAUCUAAAAUAUUCUCUUGAUUUCUUUAACAAUAGAUUAGUAUAUAACAAUAUUGAAGGUCAGAUACGUGAAAAACAACAUCAAUGGUUAACAUUAUUCGAAAAAUGUGAACAUAUCAUUGUUCGAUUACGUAAAUGGAUUAUUGACAUACGAAAAAAUCGAACUGGUGCUUCAAAGAACGAUCAAUUUUUUAAUCAUGUAGAACAUAAAAAAUUUGAAACAUCUGCUAAGAUCUUACAAGAAGAUUUAGAUGAUUUCAAACAUAAAGAACAAUUGAUUAUUGACCUCAAAAAUCAACAUUUUGAAUAUUGCAAUGUAUCAGAAUUAAAUCUAAAUAAAUCUAAUUAUAAAAAGACAUUGCUAUGUAAGUUGAAGAUAAAAAAUGAAAAUAAUAAAAUUCUUUGUACUAAUGAUACAUUAAAUAAGAAAAAUACAGCAAAGAUUAAUAAUCUACGUAGUCAACUAGCAGAAGAAUACAAAGAUAAUAAAAAUUUAUGUCUAAUCUAUGCUGAUUUUUCAUAUUCUUCUGUUGAACUCAAAGACAUAGAAAUAUUAAUAACAAGUCAAAUGAAUAAUAAAGAAAAAAACAAUCAGAAGAGAACAUCUUCUAUAAUGUCGAAAAUCAAUACAUCUAUAUCGACGGAAAGUAAAACUUCAACUUUACAACAACUAUCAUCUUCGUCAAUAACCAAUGAGAAUAUCAAUAUUCUUCUACUUGGUGAAACAGGAGUUGGUAAAUCGACUUUUAUUAAUGCAUUUGUUAAUUAUCUUAAAUUUCAAACAUUUGAACAAGCACAAUCGAAUACACCUGUUGUACUCAUACCUGUUUCAUUUUUAAUGACAAUUGGUGAUAAUUUUGAAGAAUGUUUAGUUAAAUUUGGAGAUUUUGAUACUUUAAAUAAUGAAGAUUUUGAUCAUCCGGGUGAAUCAGUUACACAACAUUGUCGAACUUAUGAAUUUUAUUUUAAUGAUAAUGAUAAUAAAAAAUUAUGUAUUAUUGAUACACCUGGUUUUGGUGAUACACGUGGUAUUGAUCAAGAUGAUCUUAAUAUGCAAGAUAUUUUAGAAUAUAUUAAUAAUCUUACACAUUUAAAUGCUAUAUGUUUUCUUCUUAAACCAAAUACAUCUGAAUUUCAUACAUUUUUUCGUAUGUGUUUUAUUCAAUUAUUAGAUCUUCUUGGUCCAAAUGUACGUCAAAAUAUUAUUUUUUGUUUUACUAAUGCUCGAUCAACUUUUUAUACACCUGGAGAUACAGGUCCUCUACUUAAAACUAUGCUUAAAUCACUUUCAAUUGAUGAUAUUUCAUUGAAAAAAAUGAAUACAUUCUGUUUUGAUAAUGAAUCAUUUCGUUAUUUAGUUGCUUUACAAAAUGGUAUUAAGUUCAAUGAUGAUGAAGAACAUGAUUAUAAAGAAAGUUGGUCAAUUUCAGUUAAAGAAUCAAAUCGUCUUAUUAAUUAUAUUCAUAAAAAUCUUAUGGAAUGUCAUUUAAAUAAUCAAUGGAUAUCAAUUAAACGUGCACAAAUUGAAAUUUCUCAUAUGAUUCGUCCAAUGUUAGAAACAAUAUUAAAUUGUCUUCGAAAUAUUAUUUUAUGUAAAAUAAAUAAAUCUAUAACAAUGAUUUCAAAAGCUAUUCAUCGUCCAGCUAGUAUUUGUCUUUCAUGCAAACCUUAUCCAUUUCAAAUUAAUAAUUUCUGGAUUGCUCGUAAUAUUCCACAUGAAAUUUUAAAGAAAUGUCUUAUUUGUUCAUGUCCUAUUGAGCAACAUAUUUCUAUACAUUAUGUACUUAAUUAUGAAUAUUCGAAUAAAUCUAUAAAUAAUCAGUUAAAUGAAAUAAAAAAUAUGAUUAAUCAACUUUGUUUUGCUGGUGCUGAAUUUGAUUAUUUUCUCGUUCAUAUUGCUCGUAUAUCAAAAAAUGAUUUAUUUUUAUCUGGUUUAAUUCGAAUGAUUGAUGAAGAAAAUAAACUUUGUCAAAAUCAAAAAUCAAAUCAUCUAAAUUUACAGUUAAUCAAAGAACUUAUACAACUUAAAUAUCAAUAUGAAAAUCGAAUUGAAGAAUUGAAGUUCAAUCAACAAUUGAUCGAUCUAUCAUUUAUUGAUAAACAAAUUACAAUCGUUCGUGCAUAUCCUCUAAUAGAAAUACAACUCGACACAAUGAAACAAACACAAAAAUUAAUGACUGAACCAUAUGAAAUAUCACAAAAUUAA